AUGAGAAAUGUGCUGGGAUUUGCUAUGAUGCUAUUUGUAUCAUGCAUAGUGUCUGCACAAGAGCGGAAUGGCUUUGAAAACCCAGACUUUGGUAUUCUCGAAGUGUAUUCUAACGGCGCAUGCAGUACUGAGGUUCCAAUGUGCUCGAGGCUAGGUGUCAAGGUGCUUAUGCAAGGCGGUAAUGCAGUUGAUUCAGCAGUUGCAUCUGCUAUAUGCGUUGGAAUAGUAAAUUCGUUUUCAUCAGGAAUCGGAGGAGGAGGAUUCAUGCUCAUAAAGAAGCCGGGCAAUGAAGACACUGUGGACAUGAUAGACUUCAGAGAAGUUGCUCCAAGGAAUCUCAAUGCCAAACUACUCUAUGGAACACAGAAUGGAUCAAAAAUUGGUGGAUUGAGUGUGGGUGUUCCAAGUGAAGUGUAUGGCAUCUAUGAAGCGCAUAGGAAGUAUGGGAAGCUUCCAUGGAAGAACCUAUUCCAAGAAAACAUACAAAUAGCCAAAGGGUUUCCUGUAAGCAAUCAGCUAGUAAGAAGAAUUAACAGGCUAAAAGAAUUUAUAGCAGUUGAUCCAGGAUUGAGAAGCACAUACAUGCGUAACAACGAGCUUCUAAAGGAAGGAGAUGUUGUAGUACGUGAUAAUUAUGCAAAAACCUUAGAAACCAUCAUGAACAAUCCGGAAGAUUUCUACAAUGGAGGUCUUGCUGAUUCAAUUGUCAAAGCUGUUAAUAACCAAGGUGGUGUGCUCUUAAAGAGUGAUCUACAAGAAUACAAACCAGUACAUAGGCCAGUUGUUGAAGGAAAAUACCACGAUUACAAAGUAUACACAACGAAUCUUCCCACAAGUGGACCGCUGGUUUUAAAGGCACUAAAUAUACUUGAGAAAUACAAUCUGGAUAAAUUGAUUGCAGAUGACAUGCAAACAGGAAAAUUCAGAAACUUACAUCUGCUUAUUGAGAUAUUCAAGUUCAUGAUGGCAAGACGAGGAGAGCUUGCAGACCCAGAGUUUCUUCAAGGCUGGCAAGAUGUAGUGAAUGAAAUAACAUUGAAGGAAACGGCUGAGCAGAUAUAUAAGAAAAUAGACCUUGAUAAAGUGCUAGAUGCCAAAGAAUAUGGAAUGAAGAAGCAUGGAGCUGAAGACCACGGAACCACGCAUAUCAAUGUGGUGGACAAGGAUGACAUGAUGGUUCUGCUGACAAGCACAAUAAACCUUGAGUUUGGAGCAAAGUUCAUGGAUCCUGAGACUGGAAUUGUAUUUAACAACACAAUGGAUGAUUUCUAUCCUCCUGUGCAUGGUGAUAUUACAGGAUCGGUAAAUUCACUUGAUGCAGGAAAGAGGCCUUUUUCAUCAAUAUCACCGGUUAUUUUGUCAAAAGACGAUGAACUACUUGCACUAGGCGCAGCGGGUGGAAUAAGGAUACCCACGUCUAUUGUAUCGACGCUGUUUCAUCUAUCUACUGGAAAGAACCUGAAAGAAGCAAUAAUGACGACACGAAUGCAUAAUCAUCUGUUUCCGGAUGUUACUUUUGUAGAGCAUGACAUUCAAGGGCCAGUUGAGCAGUAUCUUGUUGAUUCAGGCCAUGUGAUAGAAAAAUCGCUCCAGAACACUGUAUUUACAUCUGUGCAGGGCAUUCUCCUCAAAAGAAGUAACGGAGACAGGACAAUCCAUGCGGUGUCUGAUCUUAGAAAGGGAGGAGAGUCAUUUGGAUACUAG